GCCAUAGUAGAUUGUGUAAUUUUACUACCCGCACAGUGUUAUAUCAGAUACGAAGCGUACUUACUCUUUGUUCACCAAGGAUUGUAUGGGCAGAAAUUACAGUGUUGUCUGUGAAAACGUUGUUUUAAUUAUUUGUAUCAUCUAAAAUGAGCGUGUAUUGGAUAUGGACGAGAAAACACCGGAAAAUUAUUACAAUCGCGGCUGGUCUUUUAUAGUGACUUUAUCAUAGAGAGACCCUCAUAAACCCUUAAUGGGGAAAUAAACAGCCAUGGAAAAUAGUUAAUGGUUAAUUCUGUAUUAAACAACUAAUAAACCGAAGAAAAGGACCGUGUUUGUGUUGUACUGUUGAAGUUUACUGUCGAGCUUCGUGAUAACAGCGCCGCUAGGCAGGCAUGAGCAGAGCCGAUUCUGCAGAAAAUGAGGAUUGGACGUGAGCUACGUGCGCAUCCAGGAGUAGACGACAUGACAUGGAGAGACUGGAAAACACGGACCUUAUAAAUGCACGCGGACGCGAGAGUGUCUGUUCACCGCAAGAUAAAGUCACCAGUGGCUGUUGUGAGUCUCACGCGGUGAGUAAAAUGGGUUUGAACGCGACCACGGCGGAGGAGCUGCUGGCUGGACAUGCGUCUAGAUCUGGAUCCGGGACCACGCUUUUGAAGGAGUUGAAGAGCGGGUUGCCUUUGUAUAAUGGUGGAGGAGAAGCGGUGUCGCCUUCACCUACAGCUGAAGGAAGUUAUCAUGAUGUCCCUAAGCAGAUGCAAAGUGGGUGUGUACAUCUAAAUGGACUGGUGGAGACUCCCCAUGCUCAUGGGGACAGGACUUUGGACAGGACUUCAAAAAGACUUUGUGGAGAUGUGCGAAUAAGACAACUCCAGCACCAGAGGAAAAAAGAUGAGGAAAACAGAGACUGUGGUUGUCCCGGAAUGGGGUCCGGAUCUGGUGGUUCUCCGGAAACGCCCCAUGGACUGGACGCUCCUUCUCUUGAAUGCAAAAGGAGGAGGCUUGAAAUGGGCCCUAAAACAGAAUCUAGUAAAAGCACACAGGCUGUCGCUCCCCUUGCAGCCAAUCACCAACACAAGAACUGCAGCGUUCCCAGCUCCAUGUCAUCCCCCAGUUGGGUCCAUCACAAUGGGCACAAAGCUGCAAUGAACCAUGCAGCCCCCGGGCAGGACGAGGUGCGGUCAGCGCCGCCUGCGGUGGCCACCAGUGCAGGAUUGUCUCCAGAGCAAAUGGCUCAGCAGUACAUAGUUCCCUGUAUGAAGUUCUAUGGCAUUUGCGUCAAAGAUGUCUUUCUGGGUGAUCGCUUGGGCGGUAGGGUUCUGGAAGAAGUGGAGACCCUAAAUCGCAGUGGAAAGUUCAAAGGCGGCCAGUUGGUCAUCCAAAAGAGCAUCCCCUCUAAGAACAUCCGUGGAGACCAGAUAGCCUGGGUCGAAGGCAACGAGCCAGGCUGUGAGAACAUCGGAGGCCUCAUGGCUCACAUCGAUGAGGCCAUCAUGCGCAGUGCAGCCAAUGGACAGCUGGGGGAUUAUGUCAUCAAUGGCCGCACAAAGGCCAUGGUGGCAUGUUACCCUGGUAACGGAACAGGAUAUGUGCGACAUGUGGACAAUCCUAACGGCGACGGACGCUGCAUAACCUGCAUCUACUAUCUGAACAAGGACUGGGAUGUGAAGGUUCAUGGAGGUUUAUUGCAGAUCUACCCCGAGGGUCGUAAUGUUGUUGCCAACAUCGAGCCUAUUUUUGACCGACUGCUCAUUUUCUGGUCAGAUCGCCGGAAUCCACAUGAGGUGAAACCAGCUUUUGCCACCCGCUACGCCAUCACCGUUUGGUACUUUGAUGCAAAAGAGCGGGCCGAAGCUAAGGAGAAGUACAGACUGGCUACAGGACAGAAAGGAGUUAAAGUGCCCGUCACACAGAGCAGCAAGACCUGAAUCUCAGGCAGUCGAGUGAACACUCAAGUGUGUCCUGUUGAUGUGUGUGGAUGCCUGCGCUUCUGCGCGAUUGGACUUUUUCAAGAGAAGAUGCGAGAAGCCUAACAAUCACUGCUCUUUCUGUGGCCUCAAACAUCCAACAAGUUUGGGUGAACACGGGACUGUUUUUAAAUGAACGCCACGGUGUCUCAAACUUGAUGGUCGCAGCACUGAAAGGCUGGCAGGAAUGGCCGAUUAUUCCUCAUCCCGUGGAAAGUCAACAACAGAAACAUCGCAAAUGGACAUCAGUUACUUUAGUAUUUUGAGUAAUUACUGAAUUAAAUAAGAAUUACAAUCUCUAAACUCAACCCUUGCUUUUCACGACAUUACACUCCUGUGUGUAAGUGAGAAUUUCUAGUGGCCUUUGUCAUAUCCUGUUCAGCCCCAUGAAUGUGUAACCAGCUUAACACUGACAUCUGACUUACGCCAGUGCUCAGCUAGAUCAUGAAAACUGACAAAAUAACCAACAAUCACAUUAUACAUGAAUGCUUCAGUGGACAGAAUCCCUUACGAUUGAGCCUGAGUCCUAGGAAACAUUCAGUGUGAAUUCACUCAGAAUGAACAGCGCCCUCUGGAGGUGAUCAUUUUCACGGCCGGCUUUGCUGCAAGAAUUAUGCGAAUGUGGUAGCAACAGAAAAAUUUGCGCAGAAAGCAAAUUUGAAUGCCGCAGUUCCCCAGUUUUCCGGAGACUUUAGGGCUGUUGAUGUAGGAUGUAUACUUGCGGUCCGUCUGCGCUAUUUUUUUAAUUGUCUUUGCUUUUGCGUCACAUCUAUUUUUAGAGUUUCGCUCCACGAGAUGUAAAAUGUAAUUCAACUUUGAUAAACUCAUCCAGAACAUGUCCUGUGUGAACAGCCCCAACCUUUCAUUUUCAAUGCUUUUCUCAGACUGUAUUGUACUUUCAGAUGCAGAGAUAUUAAAAUUCUGGCCGAUAAUGGUAAUCGACAGUUAAUGUUUAAUAUUAUUUUAUGUUAUAGCCGAUAACUGAUAAAUUGUCAAUAUUAAAAUUUGAUACUGUUUUGCAAUAAUAAAUUUAAAAUCAAAUACUAUAAAGUGAAUUUAGUCAUUUUAAACGCUACAUGUUAAUUUAGACACCACAUCAUAAUGUACAGUAUGAAAACUUAUUACAUUUAUUUAGCAGUGUUAUUAAAUUAUUAGGGUUUUUAAAGAAUUUUAAGUGUUACAACAACGAUAAUUAAAUGUAAAACUACAGAAAAUUAGCUAUACAAAUAAACAUCCAAUAUCGAUAAAUUAAAAAAACAAAAAAAACAAAACAAUAUCGGUCGAUACCCGAUAUGGCACCGAUAUAUUGUACAUUCCAAACUGUGACAAUUGAAAAAAAAAUUAAUUGCAUAUAAAAAUUCCAUCUAUUUGGAUUGCAGUUUUAACAUAAACUAAUAAACUUAAUAUUAUGCAUAUUUGUCAGUAAUGUGUAAAUGAAACGGGUAAGAUUUCUGUUAUAGUACUAAUAAACUGAGUGGGUUUUAAAUGCACAACCAGGUUUAUAUAUUUAUCAUCACUAUGAUUCUAAGUAAUAUGAAUAAAUGCAUUUUGAUAAUAUGAUUAUUUAAAUUAAAUAAAAUCACAAUAUAUAGUAGAAUAAAUAAUAUAAUAAUAAAUAAUGAUCAACAAUGCCUUGUUUUUUUUGUUUUUUUGAGUUUAGAAAUCUUACCUUCUUACUGGUUUCAUUUAUGUGUGACUGACAAAUAUACAUAAAUUUAAGUUUAUUAGUUUUAAACUGUAUAAUACAAUUUAUACAUUUUAUAUGCAAUUCAAAUACAAUUUAACAAAUAUUUUGCAGCAUCGCUUCACCACUGCAAUCCAUUCACAUGAAUCAGCUCGUUAAAAUGCUAAAAAUGCUCUGGACAGCUCUAUCUCUGGAUAUAUGUCUGAUUUUAAUGUCUUUCAUCAUCAUUUGAUGAAAUACUGCCUUUUAAAUAUUUUUAAAAUCAAAUUCAGUUCACCUGCUUUCCAUAGAUGGCAAUAUAGUGUUAAGUGCACGGCCACAUGGUACAUGAAACUGGCACAUUUUACAGCCUCAGUUGCAUUGAAAGAAGGUAUGUUUGCCUAGAAAAUAAUGACAAGGACUUACUUUUAAUGUGCAUGGCACAAUGGCAUACCAACACACAUAGAACCUGAAUAAACUGUGCUAGCUGUGUGCUAAAGUAGCCUAAUUUACAGCCAAUUAGAACCAACUCGAUUUGCAAUCUGCAGAAUGUAUGUUCUGUAACAAAAGGUCAAACAGGGUGCUUGUGACCUUUUUUAAUAUAUAUGAGCAUUAGACUAAUACUGCUGCAUGCUAUCUUGGCUUUAAAGGGUCUUUCUAUAGUGAUGCACUUACCUGAGAGCUGACAAUCUCCUUCCUGCCUCAGAGAGGCGCUGUACAACACGAGAACGAUAUGUGGCUCUCCACAAAUGAUGGCGACAGCGCUUAUCCACCUUAUUGUUAACGUAAGCGGCCGUUGUAACUUGAAUGCGUCGAGCGGAUGCAAUCUCAUCCGUAGGAUGCUUGUUUCCGCUGUGUUGAGGUAUCGAUUCCUCCCAGGAAUUGGGUCUCCUUUAGGACCCAGGCGGUAAUCAAAAGUUGUUAUGGUGAUGUCUUAACUAAUUAUAACCUAUUUCACUAUGGUGUGAUGUUAACUACAUCAAGUGCACAAACAACAUGCUUGAAAUAUAAAAUGAAUACCUACGUAUUGCAUAAUAAAACAAACUGGAAACAUAUUGGAAGCAAAAAACAUGCCUAAUAUAAUAUAAGCUAAGCUAGCAGGCUAAUUGGGUAGAUGUAUGCUAUGCUAAUACAUAAGCUAACUAAAAACAGUAAGAAGGCUUGAUUUCACAACCUAUAGCUUCAGUUAUAUACUAGUAUAUGAACCAUUUAAUUAAAAAAACAUUAAUGGUCAUUAUAACGCAUUUUAAAUUAUAUAAAUCAUAACAUGAUUUUGCAGUAAUUAUAUUUAGGCGCUAAAAAUGCCAUUAAAAGUUCGUUGAACCAAUGGGAUCACUCAGGGUCCUAAAGGAGACCCGAUUCCUGGGGGGACUCGAUUUCUCACCACACCGCCAGUGAAUAAAAAAUAAAGGUAAUUGCGACUUUUUUUUCUCGCAACUUGCGAGUUUACAUCUCACAAUUCUGACUGUUUCUCAGAAUUACGAGUCAUCUAUAUCUAGCAAUUUUGACUUUAUAAUGCAAUUGCAAGUUUAUAAAGUCAGAAUUGCAUGAUAUAAAGUCACAAUUGCAUGUAUUAACGUCUUAAUUGCGAGAUAUAAACUUGAAAUUCUGACUCUUUUUCUCGCAAUUUUUUCUCAGAAUUGCGCGUUAACGUCACAAUUCUGACUUUAUAUCACAAAAUUCUGACUUUAUAACUUGUAGUUCUAAGUUUACUAUAUCUCGCAAUUGCCACUUUUGAUUAUGCAAUUCUGACUUUAUAAGUCGCAAUUGCGAGAAAAAAGUCAGAAUUGCAAGAUUAAAAGUUGCAAUUAAAAAGUUUUCAAAUUUAUCAAAAGUCUCUUCACAUUGACAGAAAAUAUAGCUUACUUGUGCGUUGAAAAAUAAGGUGGAUAGGUGAGCUGGAAAAUACAACAGCCUUAUUCUAUCAGGUGUCCACACAUGCACUACCCUUGUGCCUACAUUUCCCAGAGGGCAUUGCAAGUUCAUCAGAUGCUUAUAAGAGGCUAUGUUCAGAAUGGAACACUAGCAUACUGUACACUGCUUACUAUUUAUAUAAACAGUAUGCAAAGGCAACAGAAUGCAAUUUUUUUACAACAGUAGUAUGUUAAACUAAUGAAUUAGCUCGUUAUCAUGUCAACAAGAUAAUAAUAAGGAAAUAUAAAAUUGUUUAAUCACAGUUUGUAUAAAAAUGUUUAAAGUAAAAUGUAUAUUAAAUAUAAAUAUAUAUUUUGACAUUUGUAAAUAUUAAAAUGCACCUGAUUGUACUCAUACAUUCGUCACUCUGGAAACAGAAGGUCAGGUCAAGCACAAUGCAUUGUGAGUGCUUUGGUUGUAUACUGCACAUAUUGGCAAAUGUCAUCCAUUUAUUCCAUGUAAACAUUUGCAUACUGUGCGCAGUAUACUACAUACUACAGAAACAGUACAGUAGUGUGCUAUUCUGAACAUAGUCACAGUCUGAGAAAAGAAAGCAGCACAGAACAGCAGGUAUCCCAGCAUGCUCUGACAGAAGGAGUGUAGAAUUGUUCUGUUUGAGUGCCAUAGGUGGCCAGAGAAGUGAAACAGUAAAGCACUUUAUCAUAGUAUGUGUGAUGUUUGAAUGAGAAGCUACAGAAAGGAAAUGCUUUGUGCCGUGUAACAGUAUGAAACUUAAAUCAACUGAGAACAAAAUGAUAUUCGCUUGACCUUUCUGAGUUUGGCAGUAUUUAAUUAAAAUGUCAGAUUUUGUA